AUGAGUGCAAAGAUAGAGACAGUUAAAGCUAUUCUUGAGGAAUUAAAUGGUGACUACUUUUCUUUACUAGUUGAUGAAUCCUUUGAUGUGUCACACAAGGAGCAAAUGGUCAUCGUAUUUCGAUAUAUUGAUAGAAUGAGAUUUGUAAUGGAGCGACUUAUUGACAUUGUUCAUGUUCAAGAUGCUAGUGCUUCAUCUUUAAAGAAGGCAAUUUUAAAUUUACUCGCUCAACAUUCUUUGACUCCAUCAAUUGUGCGUGGACAAUGUUAUGAUGGAGCAAGUAAUAUGCAAGAACUUAAUGAUCGUUUUGAUGAGGUGACUAUCGAUUUGCUCCAUGGAAUUGCUUGUUUGAAUCCCAUUAACUUAUUUUCAAGUUUUGACAUAAGUAAAGUAAUGAGAAUGGCUAUAUUAUAUUCAAAUGAAUUUGAUGAAUUCAAUAUGAGUAUUCUUGAGAAUCAACUUGCAAUUUACAGUGUUGAUGUUCGUGAUGUUGAUGAAAGGUUCUCUGGUCUAAAUGGGCAUUGUGAUCUUUUCAAAAGACAAGUUCAUACAAAGAAAUAUUCAAAUUAUCCUCUUGUAUUUCGCUUAGUGAAACUUUUGCUACUUUUACCAGUUGUCACUGCCUCCGUUGAGAGAGCCUUUUCAGUAAUGAAGUUUAUCAAAAAUGACUUGUGGAGUCAAAUGAGUGAUGAUUUUUAA